ACUCGCACACUUAUCCUCUCAUCUUCCUCUCUCUAUUUCUCACAAAUGGCUUUGUCAGCAUCGCCGUCGCUGCUUAUAAUGUGCUUGGUGGUGAUACUGGUGGGUGUAACGGUGCAGGGGAGCGAGGCGGCGGAGCCUCUGGCCUGCGAUCCCAGAGACGGCAACACCAAGAAUUUGCCGUUCUGCAGGGUGUCGUUGCCCACAGGGGAGAGGGUGAGGGACCUGAUCGGGAGAUUGACGCUUGAAGAGAAGGUGAAGUUGCUGGGUGACAAUGCGGCGGCGAUUCCACGGCUUGGGAUCAAAGGCUACGAGUGGUGGUCGGAGGCGCUUCACGGGGUUUCCAAUGUGGGUCGCGGAACAAGGUUCGCUCCUCCAUUCCCUGCCGCCACUAGCUUCCCCCAAGUCAUCACCACCGCUGCUUCUUUCAACGCUUCCUUGUGGGAGGCGAUCGGACGGGCUGUCUCGGACGAAGCAAGGGCAAUGUAUAACGGAGGAAUAGCUGGGCUCACAUUCUGGAGCCCAAACGUGAACAUUUUCAGGGACCCACGGUGGGGCCGGGGACAAGAGACUCCCGGUGAAGACCCCGUCCUAGCCGGUGCAUAUGCCGCCAGUUACGUCAAGGGCCUCCAGGGAAACGACGGUAACCGGUUGAAGGUCGCUGCUUGCUGUAAGCACUUUACGGCCUAUGACCUCGAUAAUUGGAACGGGGUGGAUCGCUUCCAUUUUAAUGCACAGGUGAGCAAGCAGGACAUAGAGGAUACGUUCGACGUGCCGUUUAGAAUGUGUGUGAAGGAUGGCAGAGUGGCCAGCGUCAUGUGCUCUUACAAUCAAGUCAAUGGUGUCCCCACCUGCGCCGACCCGAACCUCCUCAAGAAAACUGUUCGGGCGCAAUGGCGUCUUGAUGGAUACAUCGUAUCAGAUUGCGACUCUGUUGGAGUGCUCUAUGCUAGCCAGCAUUACGCUUCAUCACCAGAAAAAGCUGCUGCUGCGGCCAUCAAAGCCGGACUGGAUUUGGAUUGCGGGCCUUUCUUGGGGAUGCACACGCAAGAUGCGGUGAGGAAAGGAUUGUUGAGGGAAGCGGACGUGGACGGUGCUCUGGCGAAUACCCUUACCGUCCAAAUGAGACUGGGCAUGUUUGAUGGAGAGCCGUCUGCUCAGCCAUACGGGAAGCUGGGUCCCGCAGACGUGUGCUCCAAGGCUCACCAAGACCUCGCCCACGAAGCCGCCGUUCAAGGAAUCGUUCUCCUCAAGAACUCCGGCCCUUCUCUGCCCCUCUCUCCCCGUCGUCACCGCACUGUCGCCGUCAUCGGCCCUAAUUCUGAUGCCUCUGUUGCCAUGAUUGGUAAUUAUGCCGGUGUUGCCUGUGGAUACACGACUCCUUUACAAGGAAUAGGGAGAUAUGCCAAGGCAAUUCACCAAGCAGGCUGUGCCAAUGCGGCUUGCGCCGAUGACAAACUAUUUGGAGCGGCGAUAAAGGCGGCCCGUCAUGCUGAUGCCACGAUUCUUGUAAUGGGCCUGGACCAAUCCCUUGAGGCCGAAAAUAGGGACAGGCCCAAUUUGCUUAUGCCUGGGCGUCAACAAGAUCUUAUUACCAAGGUGGCGGCCGCCUCCAAGGGCCCAACUAUAUUGGUAUUGAUGUCUGGUGGGCCUCUGGACAUAACUUUUGCAAAGAACGAUCCACGAGUGGCAGGCAUCUUGUGGGCCGGUUAUCCUGGCCAAGCCGGUGGGGCCGCCAUCGCAGAUAUCUUGUUCGGAGCAGCCAACCCAGGAGGGAAGCUGCCUCUGACAUGGUAUCCACAAGAAUAUGUCACAAAGUUGCCAAUGACAGAUAUGAGAAUGCGAGCAAGCCAACCCACAGGGUACCCGGGAAGAACCUAUCGAUUCUAUCAGGGUCCGGCAGUAUACCGAUUUGGGCACGGAUUAGGCUACAGCCAGUUCGUGCACACGCUGGCAAGUGCGCCGACGUUGGUGUCGGUUCCGGUGGACGGGCACCGCAGGGUCAACACCACAGACAUCUCAAACAAGGCCAUCAGGGUGACGCAUGCGCGAUGUGGAAAGCUGUCCAUGACCCUUCACGUAGAUGUUAAGAAUACGGGCUCCAAGGAUGGCACUCACACGCUGCUAGUGUUCUCGGCCCCACCUUCUGGGGGUCACUGGGCCCCACGCAAGCAACUGGUGGCUUUUCAGAAGGUGCAUGUCCCAGCCAGGGCUCAACAACGAGUCCAAGUUAAUAUUCACGUUUGCAAACUCCUCAGCGUUGUUGAUAAAUCUGGGAUUCGAAGAAUUCCGUUGGGCCAACACAGUCUUCACGUUGGGGAUCUGAGGCACUCCGUGUCACUUCAAGCUCAAUCCCUUGGGAUUAUCAAGAGCUGACCUGUUAGUUUAAUUCCCCAGCGAUUGCAUGAUUGGUAUAAAAUAAAUACUUCUAGUAUGGUAAUGGACAUUUUAUAAGGGAUUUUAGUUCUCUGGAAUCCUCAAUUGAAAGCGCAAGCUAUGUGGAUAUGGCAGGAUGGAUUGGUGCUUUAGGAGGAGUGAGUAAGGAAAUCCACUCUUCUCAUUUUUAAAUUUCUACUUGAUUAGUUCAUAAUUCUUUUGUGUGUAUUACAAAUGUGAGAAAGUAGUUGCAAUCCCUUCAAUGUCAUCCCUUUCCCCAGACAAGUAAUGAAGACCGGAUGCUUCCUGUUCCCAAUCUGCACACAGAUGUCUUUCUUUAUGACUCCGUGCCGUAAUCAUGCAUGCCGUGCUUCUCAAUGUCUAGGCUCAGAUCAAUCCGAAGAGCGAGCUCCAGCAACCCUUUUUUU